AUGCCUCGUACUUCAUCAUCGAGAAAAGGGACCACAAACGCCACUGCCUCCGCCAAUUCAUCGGAUCUUUACCGCGCAGCUUCUGGUAAAGCAGCUUCCAAAGAGCUGGAGAGAAUUGAUCAUCUUUUCUAUUCAUAUGCUGACAAUUCCACUGGUAUGAUCGAUCCAGAACGAAUUGAGUCCAUCUGCUCAGAUUUGAAUGUUGAUCACACGGAUGUCCGAUUGUUAAUGCUUGCUUGGAAAAUGCAAGCAGAGAGACAAGGUUACUUCACCCUGGAUGAGUGGCGAACUGGCCUUAAAGCACUUAGAGCUGAUACGAUACCGAAAUUAAAGAAUUGGUGCAAAAUUUGGGGCCCUUUCCAGGUAUAG